AACGCAGGCACAUUCCUGUGUCCGCUCGAGAGUUUCGCCGAGUUAUACGUAAUUUCAUCUGAAAUAAUAUUAUCGAUUCAUUGUAUUACAAAGUCUACACCGUUGUUUUUUUUUUUUUAUAUAUAUUUUUUUAUUUUGAACAUAUUUUCGAUAAAUAAAGGUAAGACAACAUUCUGAUAUCAAUACUUUAUGCGUUACGUAGGGCACCUACAACAACGGACAACGUUCUGACGUAAACGCGCGCGACACAUUUCAAUCUAUGUGCACAACCAGUUAGGUGGGUACGUCACGUCCAAAUUUGUUCAAUGUACAGUGGAUAAGAAAAAAUGCCUUUUUUUUUCGUUAACACACUCUUUUAAAAUAUCAAAAAUGUUAUCAUAAUUGUUGGAAUCCAAUAAGCCGAAUGAAUGUGUAUCUUGCAGAGUAAGAACCGUUUAAAUAUUCUGGUUAAUAUCCAUUUCAUUGCGAUUGCAAUUUGCGGUAUUUUCUAUGUUCAUUUUCGCUGUACUACAUUCAUCACUCAACAAAAUUCCCCGUCAGCUCUAAUAAACCCCUACAAUAUCUUUUAACGCUCAAUCGAUCAUCUUCUCACAAAUAACUCCCAUGGGAGUAUUAUGCGUAACACAUCGGCGCACUACCUAUCGGCUCUUUUUUUUUUUUUUUUUUUCAAAUGAGGAAAUUUUCAAUCCUCUUGAAUAUCGUAUAAGAAAAUUCCAAAUUUUAAAAGUCACAGAACCGACUUGACGGACACGGAAAUUCGCCCGAUACCACCCAGACGUGUACAAUGUAUAAUGCCAUAUAAUACGAGUAGGUAUCACGGGUGCGAUCUGUUGGUGUUCGGCCGAAACACGGCAGCAAAACAAAAACCGUCUCCAUUACACUCUCGCGUGUAUGCACUUACUGAGAUUAUUGUAUUUAUGUAUAUAUUUUUGUUUGUAAUCGUGUGUAUGUAAGGGUACGGGUUACAUCGUACUAAUGUUUUUAAUUUACGGCAUUCAUGAUUUUGUUUUUACGUUGUAAUUCGGUUAAAAAAAAAAAAAUCAGAAUCUUACAAUUUUCUAAAUACUUAAAUCCACAGAGUAUCUACAGAAUUGAAAUGUCUAUAAAUAGCUCAAGUGAUUUAAAAAUUUGACCACGUACAUGAAAGGUAAAUAGGAAGUUUUCUGUUGAAAUUUCAUGUGUACGAAUAUUUUAAUCUGAAUCACUUGAAAAUAACAAAACUUAAAAUAUAAUAAAAAAAUUAUUUCCUUAAAUUUUCCCGUUAAUUCUACGUAAUUUUCGGUUUUAUAAUUUAGUUUAGCGUUUCCAUCAACUAAAUUGUAAUUUAUCAGUUUUCAUUAAAAUCGUAAACACUGAAUUUCAAUCAGGAACUUGAUAUUUUUUGAUUUGUUUAUUUUGAGUAUUUAAACCAGUCAGACCAUUUUGGCUAACCUAUCGUAGUGCCAGUAUCGUAACGAGCACGCGAUGCCGACUUCGACGACAGUCAUCGCAUUGACGGUGGCCGCGGCGAUGACCGCCGUCCGGACCGUCCACGGCCUCGACAACGGAUUGGCUCUGACGCCACCAAUGGGAUGGCUGGCUUGGCAGAGGUUCCGGUGUAUCACGGACUGCAAAACGUAUCCAGAUGAAUGCAUCAGGUACGAUUAUACAGAUGUCGAUUGCACAGGCGUGACUAGAGCCCAAAUAUCGGGUGUGCUUAAAUUGUGUAAUGCUCACUGACCCGCGGGGUCCAUACACACACCCUAAAAUACCUUUCCCCAAUCUAGUAAUAAUUAUAUUAUUAAUACACCUAAAUACACAGUAAACACACACACACACACACACGCGUGCGCUAAUGUUUUUAUUACAGCUCUUUCUAUGUUUAGUAUAGAAAGAUUGGUAAAUAGCGGUUGUUCCAUACUGGCCCUUAGCCAGUUUUUUAAACAUUACAUCGAUGUUGAGCGUUAAUAUCGUUGUGUAACCAUUUACCAUUCUGUUUAUAACGGUGGGUCUUACUGUUAUAGCAAAUUUGCGAGCAGCAAACGUUUUACACGUUGUUUGGCAACAGAGAAAUUCGGCGUGUCUUUAUUUUAGCUAAAUAGCGUUGUUGAUUAAGUAAAAUUUACUUUAAACUAACUAAAUCGGUGAUAUUGUAUUUCAACCGUACAGACGUUUUGAACGUGAACUAUGAAACAUUUUGAAUGGUUUUCGCUCGCGAACUUGUUCAUGGCUACAUCUUUUUGAUAACCAAGUGGUUUGUUUUCGAUGGAAAAGACACACGGACAUAGACGCCAGGUUUUGAAAAUGUCAACGGGGGCCGAAUUUACUACUUUUUAGCCUUAACUUUUGCCCUUCAAAAUAAUUUAAAUAUAUGGUUAAAGAGUAGACAGACGCAGGAAGGGGCGGAGUAUUUAUGUUCAAAUUUUUAACUGUCUCCUUUAACAUUUUGUUUGCAAUAAAUAACUAUGCGACAGGGGAACGCUCAACAUUUUUCAAUAAUAACGGUUCCCUCUCAGAUUUUUCGUCACUUAAAGUCCUAGUUUAAACUGGUUCAAAUGUGUAAAAUAUAUAUUUCGUUAUACUCGCAUAAAAUAACUGUUUUUUUUUCUGUCUAUUCAAUUUCCGUAGACGUCUGCAAGGCGUUGAAUUUGUUUGCAGCGUUAAGUUAUAAUUGCGACAACGUUGUGAAUAUUUAUUAAAAUUUCGAGCGACAUUGCAUAGUAUGUAUUUUAUUAUUUUUAGUGUAAGCGCUAAGAACUAAUUAACUAUUAUAAUUACGUAGAGUAUUGAUAUAAUACAGCAAAUUAAAUUAUAAUAAAAUAUAGUGAAUUUUCUUGUAAUAGAUUAUUUUAGAUCAAGCUAUGAAGUUUUUUUUUGAAAAAAAAAAAAAAAAUAAUAAUAUUUCAUAGACAUUUAUUAAAUAUUAAAUGUUUAAAACUUUCUUCAUCUUUUUGUGACCCUGAACAAUUGUCAAAACGUCGCUUACGUCCUUUCGCCUUUUAAGUUUCCAACUAUAAUAAUACCCCCAGACACCGGGUGUUAUAUCACAUUAAAUGUUCAUGUCCAUCUCCGCAGCGAAAAACUGUUCAUGACCGCGGCGGACCUGUUGGUCAGCGAAGGUUACGCAGACUUGGGAUAUAAAUACGUGAUCGUGGACGACUGUUGGCUGUCCGUGAAUAGAACGGCUGAUGGGAAGUUGCAAGCCGACCGCGACAGGUUCCCCAACGGCAUCAAAGCGCUGGCCGACUACGUAAGCGUUUUCAUUCACGUCAGGUCCAUUACUCUUAUUUAUUAUUUUAUACAUACGAGUAUAGGAUUUAGGGUCAAAACAAAUUUAAAAUAUGAAUUAGCUACCGAUUAUAAAGUAUUUAUAAAUGUUGUGCUUGCCCAAAUUACGCUUCGGGCACAUUGCACAGAACCUGUAGAAGGGUUUUUUCGAAGUCGGUUCUCGAGAGAUUUUCAAAAAAUAAAAAUUUCAUAUUAAUUUAGAACUCUAUAUUUUCGUAUUAUAUUUUAAACGUCCGUUAAAACGUGAUAUUUGAUCAUAUAUGAAUAACUAUACAUUUAUACAGGGUGUCCCACCCAGAAAACCAGAAUUAGCUUGGAAAAGUUCGAGACCCCGUGCGGUCGCUUUUGCGAGAACUAUAUAAGGUAUUUUUAUUAUUUUUUUUUUGCCUUUUCACUUUUUAAUACCAAGCGUAAGUAAAUAUUUACAAUACAAUUCUCUUUAAUUCACUAAUUUUAAUUUGUGUUUUCCUAAAUAAUCAUGUAGAAUAACUCUACCGGUAUGAUUUAUGAUAGCGACUAGACGCGGGGCCUCUAAAAGCGUGGGGCUUUGCGCGAGAGCAUAACUUGCACCGCCUUCAAGCCGGCCUUGGUCCCACCGUGUUCGACGGAUUUUUUUAGAGCUGUUAAUAUUCAAUUUUUAAACAUUUUUUUCAAUCGGAUUUUUUUUCCGGGGAGACAUAUGUUUAGAAAAAAAUUAAACCACCGAAUAAUCACUAGAAAAAAUAACUUCGGUUUUUUCAAUUUGUAAUAAAUGUUAUUCUAAAAAUUUGAAUUGAACAUAAAUACAUAUCCGAUUAAUAAUUUUUUUUUUUAGCAAUAACCAUUUUAAUUUCUAGAAAAAAAGGCGUGAACAAGUUGUAUUCAAUACAAUUAUCAUCACCUAACACGAUGGUGAAUCACAUUCAUAAUACAAAUAAUACAAAUAAUUGUCAACCGAUAAAAUUAUUUUUACUAUAAGCGGGUUUUUAUUUUAUUCAGUACCCAUAGUAAAAUAUUUAUUGUGUUAGAAAUUUAAAAUGAUAGCAAUUUAAACGCCUAUUACUAUGAGAAACUAUUGAUCGGUUAUGUCAGAACUUCACAAUUAUUAGAAUAAUAUCAUUUACAAAAUGGCUAUCUUGAAAAUUAUGUAAAGUGAAUAAAUACAAAGACGGAGAUACUUCGCAUGUGGGUACAGCUACUAAAGUAGAUGGGAAGUUGGGAAGGUACAGAAAGAAAUUGAAUGUAUAUCUGUAAGCAACGGUAAACCAUUCCUAACGAAAAAACGAUUCUGAGCGGAGUUCAGUUGAUAGUGCUGCUUUGUCAACAAUAUAUAAUACGUCAUAUUAUGGUAAAAUAAUUCCAUAUACAUUAAACAUUAUCUUGUUUUCUCAUUAAAGUAUUAUAAAGUUAUUUUUUUUAGUGAUAAGAUGAUGAAAAUAAAAAUAUAAUUUUUCUUGAAAUAUAUUUAUAUGCACCAUGUAAGAAAAUUUGAUUGAAAAAAAAAAAAUUAAGUACUAAUUGAGUUAUGAAAUUCUGUCGAACACGGUGGGAUUCCCUGUAUAGAGAAAUAUUGAAGGCUUCGGAUUUCACUCGACUUGUACCACAAUCUUUAAGACGUAUUGUUUAUCUAAUCUCGCAGGUGCAUUCGAAAGGGCUGAAAUUCGGACUUUACCAAGACUGGGGAGUGAAAACGUGCGCUGGGUUUCCGGGCGUGUUUGGCUACGAAGAGACGGAUGCCAAACAGUUUGCAGAGUGGGGAGUCGAUUACGUGAAACUUGACGGGUGUUAUUCGGACGUCAGAGACAUGGAUCUAGGUAACGGAGUUCAGUGUUUUAAUAACAUCAUGUGGCCAAUGCCAAAUGCCAAUGCCAAUGCCAAUGGACGUAAACGAUUCUUCGAAUAGUAGCAAAUAGUCUGGAAACGUUAAAAUUAAAAAAAAAAAUUCUGACGAUUGUUAUAUUACUUGAACAACUGAAUAACUGAACUUUUAGGGGAAAAUCCAGGUUUUUGCAUUCAUCCCUCCAUAUUUCUGCCGAUGGUCUGGACAAUAUUAUUAUCAUAGUUAACGCGGAACGAAUCGCGAAAUAUUUUAGUUAUUUAUCAAAAUAGGUAAACAUAUGUUUAAAACAAACUUUGUUAAAUAUUCAAAUACGUUUAAGUGGAAACGAAAUGGAAUAAUAGCGGGAUAAUAAGUGCAUUCUAAUAUUAUGUAUAAAUAUUUGAUAAAGUAAGGCAGAACGAGGAUGACUACCGAUAAAAAUAUUGGUAUAGAUGCCGGAAUUCACAGGUUCCCUAUAAUAUGAUAAGAUGUUUUCCGCGCUUUACAGGGUACAUCGGAUUCGGACAACACCUGAACAAAACCGGGAGGCCAAUGGUAUAUUCUUGUAGCUGGCCGGCGUAUCAAGAGGACAAGGGAAUGAGGGUAAAUAAUAAAACAAAUACCAUACACGCGAUACUGCAAUACUUCCCUAAAUUAUCACAUUAUAUGCUAAUGGUCUGCGUAUAGAGUUAAACUUACAGGUUAACUCUGUUAAACUGCAUUUUGAAUAAACGCCAAUAUUAUAUUGUUAUCGAAAUAAUCAGAUAUAAUAACAACUUUUGCCGAAUCGUUCAGUACAUAUGUUAUUUGUCCCAUAAACUGGUUUUGAAAUUUUUGGUCAUAAUUCAUCAUGGGUAUUUAUGCUCGCCAUCACGCAUCACUGUGUGAAGGCUGAUCUGGUUCGUGGCUAUUGUGUGACAGAUGUUUCUCUUAGAGCCGUUUAUAGAUUUAUGGAUUUAACUUGAAAAAGUAAAAAAAAAUUAAUGAGAACCUACAGCACUUUUCGUAAUGAUGGGACAAAUUAUUUACAAAUUGUGCACAGGAAGAUUAAUACCCUCUCACUAUUCAACUGUAGUGGGCCUACCCCGAAAGUACCCGUAUAGUUUUUUGAAUUGGUAAUAAUAACCAAGGUAAAUAUUAUAUCAAUGGCAUGUAGAUCAAUUACGCGGCUUUGGCGACGUUCUGCAACCUUUGGCGUAAUUACGGGGACAUUGACGACUCGUGGACCAGCGUAACGAACAUUGCCGAUUACUUCGCGACGAAACAAGAGUUUUGGGCACAGUACGCUGGACCGGGACACUGGAAUGAUCCGGACAUGGUUUGUAUUCUACACGCAGCGUUAGGGACCGAUAUAAACUAACCUAACCUUCCCCCUCCUCCGAUUUGUUGGCUAUUUUUCUUUGUGUCCAGCUUGUUAUCGGUAACUAUGGACUGACGGUCGACCAGAGUAAGUCACAGAUGGCUUUGUGGGCUGUGCUAGCCGCCCCGUUGUUCAUGUCCAACAAACUGAAUGCUAUCGGUCCGGAGUUCAAAGAGAUCUUACAGAACCGAGACGUGAUCGCAGUGAGCCAGGACGCUCUGGGUAUGCAGGGCUAUCGAGUGUUUAGAGUGCGUAUAUAUUAUACAUUACACGUUUUAAAUAUAAUUAUUUUGUUUAGAAAAUUACUAAUUUUCUAGACAAUUUUUUCGUUUUGAAAAUAGUACUGUAUUAAUUUAUUGCCGAACGUAGCCAAUUCUGAUUUCUCAGCUAAUUAUCGUGGCUGAUAGAUCCUUAAAAAAACUGCCAUGGUCAAAAUAUUUAUUAUUGUGUAACCAAGCUUGCUGUUCAGCUGUAGAGAUCGUAUUUAUUUUUUGAAAAUUCACAAUAUUGGAGGAGAGUGUGAUCUCUGUGUGGAAUAUUCGAUUUCGGUCGGGAAAGAAAAUUCUUUUCAAUAGCGAAAAUCGACCCUUAAACUGAAUGAAUAAAUACAAAUUAAUUUCGUAUUGAUAGAUAUGUUCACUCUGUAUACAAUUUUUACGCUCACACGAAAAUAAACCGAUUCCGUUUUAUCAGGACAGGGGUAUUGACAUUUGGACCAGACCAGUGGAACCGGUCCGUGGCGGAAGUUAUUCUUACGCUGUAGCUUUCGUCAGCCGCCGAGAGGACGGCGCACCUACGCCGUACACAAUAACCUUAGAACAUUUGGGUUUGAAGCACUACACCGGUUAUACGGUUAAGGUAACGAUUUCGAUAUUGCACCAUAAUGUUCUAGAUUUUUAACGUCCCAAAAGAAAACAAUUUUCCAAAAACUGUUAAGAGCUGCCUUUCGUUAAAAUUAGUAUACGUCAUAUAGUGUCUUGCAGAUUGUUCGAAUCGAUCACGUUUGGUCGUCGUCGUUGCAUGGGUUGCAGGGUAGGCAUAAUAUUAUUAUGUUAUUAAUUUUUCGAUUUUAUUGUUACAGAAUUUAUUCAAUAAGCAGCUUGUCAACGGCGCCGAAAACUAUUACGUUACGCCAAAGUCUGUAAUCAAAGUCCGGGUUAAUCCAUCUGGUAACACCACAAAAUAUUAUAUUGCAUUCAAAUUGAAAAUCUCUGCAUUAUUAAUUUAUCGUAUAAUAAUUGAAAUAUUUGUAAAUAUGCAGGUACAGUGUUUCUGCGAUUCGAUGUUAGCAUGAGCGUCGUCAACUCUGAAGACAAACUCUACAACGGCACGCUCAAAGAUUCAAUUGCAUUUAUAUAAUUUAUUUUAUUUGAGUAGAUAGGUGGAUUGUUAGUUCUUAAAUUUUAAACUAGGAAAUGAUAUACAAAUAUAAUGUGUGUAGAUACGAAUAAAAUACAUUAUAAAUUUAAAAUACUUACGCCCUACUUACUAUAUUUUAUUGAUAAUCGAUUGUAAAAUGAAGUCUAAUGUUGCGGGGAUAAAAUGAAAUGAAAUAAAAAGGUUGUAUCUAUGCAAAUUCUAUUUUAAAAUAAAUUAUCGCUUAAAAUGAUUGUUAUCGAAUUCCAUUUAGUAACAAUUCAACACAAUUAAUAAACGGGCGCAUACUAUGAGAUAUCACAGUUUUUUCUUUCUUGAGU